AGUCUCACCAGUCGCGUCCCGUAGAAAUCAAGGAUUUACUGAACCCAGCCAGCCCAGUUAACACGUUUGGUCAAGACGUAACUAGCAGCCCCAAGUUGCGCAUCAAAUUACCUCCGAUGCCCCGCAACUUGCGAUCGACGCGCCAAAGGACAUCGUCGCUGGGCACGGCGCCCUCGGGCUCCGAAUACCACGAGUCCAGCGGCGAGAUGGAGGUCGACGAGAGCAUGAACGGAGUGCAGGCACCGAAAGAGGACGAAGUAGAGGAAGAGCCCGUCCAGUACGCUCUCACUUCCCGUGGCAGACGGAUCCAGAAGAAGUCGUAUCGCGAAUCCGCGAGCGAGGACGGUGGAGAAUACGACGGAGAAGACGGGCUGCAGCCGCUGGGCGAUGCCACGGGUGAUGCGGGCGCGAAAGGGGACGUGGUCGUGGACGCGGACGCGGACGACGACGAGCAGCCACGCUACCCGCUCCGUCAACGGAUUCGGGGCGCGAAGAACCUGACCGGGUUCAUCGUCAGCGACGAAGAGGGCGAGGCUGGUGUCGCACGGCACAAUACGCGGAGCCGCAGCCGAAAGCCCGUGCAGGCGGAAAACAGACACCAGCAGGGCGGACCGGCGACGCGCCAGCAGUCCAAGUCGCGCAGGCUGACGCGGGCACGGUCGGGAAAGCGGACGCGGAGUGUGGCCCAGGACGACGCCGACGACGGGUAUGUCGACCAGGGCUCCUCUGGUUCGCAGAGCGCGGGUGACUCCUUUGACGACGCGCCGAAGACGAGCCCCGAACCAGAGCCAGAGCCGGAGUUGGAUGGGGACGCGGAUGCCGAGGGUGAUCUGGACAUGGGAGAGAGCGACGGAAGACCGUAUGCGUUGAGGCAGAGGGCGAAGAUCAACUACGCUAUACCCCCGCCUCUUGAAGAGAUGCGGCCACCGUCCCCUAAACGUCCGGCGCCACGAAAUAAUACAAGGAGGAACGGUGGAUGGGGAGGUCGCAAACCUCCAGGAUGGAGUGCAACUGGUGCGGAGCUUGGUAGAUGGAUGGGCAUGGGUGGAGACGACUCGGACUCCGACCACCCGACGAGAACGCCCCGGAAACCCUUCGGUGGAAUAGGAGGCGCCGCUAAUCUGAGUGGGGCAUUUGCAGGCGGAGCUGGGUCAGGUGGAGGGGGCUUGUUUCCCACUGAUCUCGCUGCAGCGGCAGGGACACCUUCAAACUUUGGUAAAGUCGGUGAUGCAGCCCUUGCUGAUACAGAUCCCCUUGGUGUCAAUCAAAACGUGUCCUUCGACGAGGUGGGAGGUUUGGAUGAACACAUCAACUCCCUCAAGGAAAUGACUGUGCUUCCUCUGUUGUAUCCGGAAGUAUUCCAACGAUUCAACGUCACCCCGCCUAGAGGUGUUUUGUUCCACGGUCCCCCCGGAACUGGUAAGACAUUACUUGCCCGGGCACUGGCUGCUAGCUGCCGGACGAAUGGUCGUAGCAUCUCGUUUUUUAUGCGGAAGGGUGCGGAUUGCUUAUCUAAAUGGGUGGGUGAAGCGGAACGGCAGCUUCGAUUACUCUUCGAAGAAGCGAAGAAUUCGCAACCCAGUAUCAUCUUUUUCGACGAAAUCGACGGCCUGGCGCCGGUGCGUUCUUCGAAGCAGGAUCAGAUCCAUGCUUCUAUAGUAUCGACCCUGCUGGCUUUGAUGGACGGAAUGGACAACCGCGGUCAAGUCGUGGUCAUUGGUGCGACCAAUCGUCCUGACGCCAUUGACCCUGCUUUGCGAAGGCCGGGUCGCUUCGAUAGAGAGUUCUACUUCCCCUUACCUACGCUCGAGGCUAGGGAGAAGAUCCUCAGAAUUAUGACCAAGAAAUGGGCAGGCUGGGAUACUGCGAAGGCGGAAGAGAACAUCAAGGGAUUGGCGAAGGCUACUAAGGGCUAUGGAGGCGCAGAUCUACGGGCGCUGUGUACAGAAGCGACGUUGAAUGCUGUUCAGCGACGAUAUCCCCAGAUUUACAAGACUUCGGAACGGCUAGUGGUGAAGCCAGAGACAAUACAAGUUGAGCUUCGGGAUUUUAUGAUCUCUGUCAAGAAGAUUGUGCCAUCUUCUGCUCGAUCUGCGUCGUCAACGGCUGCACCUCUUCCGGCACAGCUUGUUCCUUUAUUGCAGGAUGCCAUGGACCGAGUUAAGGAGGCUAUCGCACGAGUGCUGCCUAUCAGUAAGAAGCGGUCAGCUCUGGAGGAAGCCGAGUAUGAAGAUGAAGGCGAAGAUGGAGCUCUGGAGCGCGAGCUCAUGCUACAAUCUAUGGAGACACUCCGGGUCUACCGUCCCCGUGUCAUUCUUCAUGGACCAGUCGGUAUGGGUCAAACUUAUGUCGCAGCUGCGGCCCUCCAUCAUCUGGAGGGAUACAAUAUUCAAAGUCUUGAUCUGGGAAAUCUCAUGAGUGACUCCACACGAUCCGCUGAGGCAGCCAUCGUCCAACUCUUCGUUGAGGCAAAGCGUAUUCAGCCAUCGGUAAUCUACGUACCUUCUCUGAUGAGUUGGUGCGCAGCGGUGUCGGAAACCGCUCGAUCGACAAUGCGCGCGAUGCUGGACUCGUUAUCCCCCUCGGACCCGAUUCUAUUGCUGGCUGUUGUGGAUGGUACUUUCUCCGAGCUGCCUCGUGACGUCCGUGCUUGGUUUGGGGUGACGCGGGACAAUCGAGUACAAUUGUCACGACCGAGCGAGGAUAAACGAGAGGCAUUCUUUAAGGCGCUACUCGACGAUAUCCGUCGGCCUCCCAACCAGUUCCCUGACGGCGUCAAGCGCAAGAAGCGGGUACUGGAGGAGUUGCCUGUCGCUCCUCCCUUACAACCAAGACAGCCAUCGGCUGCUGAACUUGCUCUGCAGGAAGAGAAUGAUCAGAAGAUUAUCACUCUUCUCAAGUAUCGGCUAGGGCCUAUUCUAACAGAACUGAAACGGAAGUUCAAGCGCUUUACCAAGAGAGCGACGGACGAGUAUGAUUUAAGCCAGGUUGCAUUGCCGGACAUCCAAGUUACUGAUCAUACCCAAACCGUGACGAAGACAGUGGAAGUCCAGGGUGAAGACGGAUCAGUGGUUCGAACAGAGCAAACCGAAGUUGUUGAAUCGCGCACCGAGAACGACGUGUCUGCGGGGCCGCAGAUAGCUCAAUAUCAGCCGCAGCUGUUCGACAUGGAUCUUGAGAGGAUGCAUGUGGAACUAUACAAGGGAAGGUAUUUGACGCCUAGAGAUUUCUUGGAGGAUAUCGAGAAGAUCGUCCAUAAUGCUCACGUCCAGAUGCAUCAAGACCCCGACAGGUUGUUCAAGGCGCAGGCCAUGUUGACGGCGGCUCAAGUUAGCAUGCAAGAGUUUGACUCCCAGUUCAACCUAGAAUGCGAACGUAUGGCUGUUCGGGAACGAAAACGACGCAAUGAGAGACGACGUGCAAGGGAAGAAGAAAAGGCGCGAGAGGCCAAGCAGAACGGCGCGGACUCACGAGCUGGUUCACAAGGCGUGCGGCGUAGUACACGUCACAAUGGUCAGCAGCUUGAAAUAUCUAUCACGGAUCCCUUGCUCCUGGAACGCAGGCUGAAGCGACAGCGGUCGAACGAGGCCCAUGACGCCGCUGCGGAGCCUCAGCAGUCCGGCGAUGAUGCCGAUGGAGACCGAGCCACGAAGAGGUCCCGUACCGCCAUGAGCGAAGAUGACGAGCAUGAUCCUUUGGAUAUUGUAGGCCCCUCUUCCCCGCCGCGGUCUAACGGCGUGCGGUUUGCCCCUGAUGUCGACCCGAUGCCGCCCCUCACGAGUCUGAUGCAAAGCGACGCAGUCGGCAGUCCAAUGCCCCCUAGUACUCCAGCGCGGAGGACUGUCUUGGAGACUCCACCUUCACCAGAGUCUCCGCCCCGUUUCAUGGACUUCGAUCAUCCAGGGCCGUUGAAGUUCGGCAACGCUCUUACCAAUGGAUUCGCUUCCCCCUCCCCUCAAGAUGUUUCUACCCCCAUUAAGACCUCAGCGCAGACGAAUGCGACAGAGUCGCCGCAGGCUCUUAAUCACAGUCCGAUGCCUGUUGAUGGAGUCCCUGGAACGGAAGAACCUCCCCCAGUUCAUCUUGACAGCGGGGGUAUCGUCGAUAUGCCUUCUUUCUCCGAUCCUAUGGAGAUAGCACGAUCGGUGUCCCCGCCUCUUCCAGAUUUCCACGUCGACGCAAAUCUUUUCUCAAGUCUCAAACAAGACCUUAUUGUGAAUACCAGUUCUCUUAACAUUGAGGAACUCGAGCAGCUACGUGCCACAUGCUUGACCUGCGUCUGGCAACACAGGUCCAGCUGGGAUCGUGACUCCGUGGUCAGGGAGCUGAAGGACAUUGUGCAGGAUUUCGUGGAUCAGAUCACACAGGACGCUGCCUCAGAGAGUCCCUAGGUCUACGCGUUCGAUAUCCAAGCAUCGCAUAGUUGUAUAAUCACUCAUCGCACGGUUGUUGUACCAUGGUAUUUACUAUUUUAGCGCUGUAUCCUGCUGUAAUCUAUCGCUUAUUCAUUAUCUUAUAUACUGUUCCCCGAGAUCUGAAUAUUAAGUCACGUAUUCACGUUGACGAAAGCGCACUGCUCCCAGGGUAGUACUUCCCCUGCCAC